AUGGUCACUCAUAGAGCCAGAGAACUUAACCCUGAUGAUUUCUUGGAACCCGCCGCCGAGGAAGAGACCCAAGAGCGGGACCCCAUCAUCGAUAUCUUUCGCAAAGUGGACGCUGUUCAGGACGAUGCCUCUGAGGAUGGCGACGGGAUCUCCACCCCCAGGGCGGCAGCUCUGCCAGUGCCCAGUGAGGAGGAGCAAUGGGACACUCCCGACCAGGAGGGCGGAACGGAAAGCACUGAUGGAGCUACUACCGAGGCUGAGGCGGAAGACACCGAACGGGAGCCGGAGGCGGCCGAGACCACGGAAGUGCUGGACGACCCCGUCCGUAUGUACCUUCGCGAGAUUGGUCGUGUACGCCUUCUCACCUCUGCAGACGAGCGCAAGCUCGCCCGGCAGUUGGAGGGCGGCAACAGCAAGGCCCAGUCCCAUCUUACCGAGGCCAACCUGCGUCUUGUGGUCAGCGUGGCCAAAAAGUAUAUCGGCCGCGGCAUGGCCCUGCUGGAUAUGAUUCAAGAGGGAAACAUUGGCCUGAUCCGCGCGGUUGAAAAAUUUGAUUACCGCAAGGGCUAUAAGUUCAGCACCUACGCCACUUGGUGGAUCAGGCAGGCCAUCACCCGUUCCAUCGCUGACCAGGCCCGCACCAUUCGCAUUCCAGUGCAUAUGGUCGAGACCAUCAACAAGUUGAUGCGCCAGCACCGUCGGUUGCUCCAGGAAUACGGUCGUGAGCCGACCCCUGAGGAAAUUGGGCUGGCUAUGGAAAUCGGGCCCGAGAAGGUCGAGGAGAUUCUGAAGAUCUCCCAGGAGCCAGUGUCGCUGGAGACUCCGAUAGGCGAGGAGGAAGACUCCCAUUUGGGGGACUUCAUUGAGGAUCGAAACGCCCCUGCCCCUGCGGAUGCUGCAUCAUUCCAACUGCUCAAAGAGCAGGUGGAUGAGGUGUUGCACACACUAACUGAACGGGAAGCCAGGGUAUUAGUGCUGCGAUUCGGCUUGGAAGAUGGGCGCAGUCGUACCCUUGAAGAGGUCGGACGCGAAUUCGGUGUGACUAGGGAACGAAUUCGUCAGAUCGAAGCCAAGGCGCUACGAAAACUGCGACACCCCACUCGAUCCCGGAAACUACGGGACUUCCUUGAGUAA